AUUUUAUCACCUGCUGGACUCCAGCAAGCUCAGAUAAUUCCACACAAACACUAGAAAAAAUGUCUGAUUCAGUGUAAAGCUCAUGAAAACAGAAAGGACAGUCUGCAUCAUUUUGUUGCUGGUCGGGGUCUUUAUCUACGAAGCAGAGCUUAUCUGGUGGCCAAAAAACAAAAAAAAAACUCCAACGUAGAAGCAGCAAGCCAAGGGGAUCCAAGAAUACCCAUCCCAGCUUACCGGCUCUCAUCGAGGGGAACUCCAGACUGGAACAGAGUUCUGUCCUACUCCUGGUUACAGAGCCCAGGCCAUGUGUUGAGCGUAAGAUGUCUCAGUGCAAGGACCCACGAUCCUGUAAAUCUCAACUCAGGGGAUGGAGCACGAUGAUUUUCCACACCGUCAUCAUUCUUCAACUCACGCACAUCAAUGGAGGUGAAUCUCCAGCAAACAGUCAGCAUCGAAUGCUGGCAGUAAUUGGUCACACUCAAAGCAUCACCUUGCCAUGCAGCAUACAUCCUGCCACUGAUGUUGUGGACGAGAUGGUGGAGUGGUCGAGAUCUGACCUCAAUCCCAGAUUUGUGCAUGUGAGACGGUCCGGUGAAGAUCACAUGUUUGACCAAAACCCCUCCUACAAGGAGAGAACGUCGAUGUCUGUCAAUGGACUGAAAAUGGGAGAUGCAUCACUGAAACUCACCAAAGUGAGACUGUCAGAUGAAGGAACAUACAGGUGCUUCGUUCCCGGACUGAAAACAGAUUUUAGUGUUGAACUUGUUGUUGAAGCUGAUAUUCAGAUAACCAAAGUCAGUCCUGGAGUGCUGGAAUGUAAAUCAGAAGGCUGGUAUCCAGAGCCUGAGGUGCUUUGGCUGGAGAGUGAGCGAAAGCUCCUCUCUGCAGGAUCUAAAGAGACAUUCAGAGGUCCUGACGACCUCUGUACCCUCAGCAGCAGACUGACUCUGGAAAAGGGACACAGCAACAACUUCACCUGUAGGAUCCAACAGAAUAACCUGCAAAGAGAGGCGACGAUCUAUGUUCCAGGUGAUUUCUUUGUGAAGUCAUCUUCCUCAACUAGAUCUGUCAUUGGUUUGAUUGCUGGCAUCAUGUUUGUUAGUGCUGUAUUGUUUCUGGUGUGGAAAUGGAGAAAAAACAAAAUGGAGAACAAAAAGAGCUCAAAGGAUGGAGAAUCACAGUGCUCUUCAAGUAAAGAUCCAGAAACAAAACCUUUGAUGAAGAACACAGAAGAAUGCAAAGGAGGGAGUGAGGCAGUGAUGAAUCAAGAAAAGGUGGAUGUAAACGACCCUGCACAUACCAGUAAGCAACACGGAUUGUCAUGUGAAAAUAAGCACAGUGAAAGACAACAAAAUAAUGACCAAGCAGAAAGAGACACUACAAAUGAAAUGUGCAGCGAUGAAAAGACCAAAUUAGUUGAUAAAAGACCACCUCUGGGAAAACUAGAAACACAUCCAGAACCAGGUAAUGGUAAUACGGAAAAGCUAAAUCAGUGUCAGACAAAUCUGACAAAUCCUGUCACAGCAGAUACACCUGAGGGAAAUUUAAGUGAACCCAAUUCUUCAAAAGGAGAAGAGACAGAGGAAGAACAGGACAACGGACAGGAUUCAGAGCAGCCUGAUAAUAAUGAGGAGAAGGAGUCAGUAAAUACUUCAGCAACAGAUGAGGGUCCAGAUGGUGGAGAUCAACAAGAAGAAAAUUCAACUGAAUCAAAAGAUGCAAUAAGUGGUCUGCAAGAUCAGAAUAAUGAUGGCAAUGGAGAGAUAACACAAACUGGAGAAAAUAAAACAACAAAUUCAACUGACGAAAGCACGACUCACAAUGAUCAUGCAGUGGGAGGAGAGAUAAAGAACGGACAAGAUGCCACAGAGAAAAGUAGCAAGCCACAACCUGAUACUCAACCUUCACAUCCAGAGGAAAAUGGAACAAACCAAGUGCCUCCUACUAGUAGGACAGAGCAGCCUAAUAUUAAGGCAAAGGAGUCAGUAAAUACUUCAGCAACAGAUGAGGGUCCAGAUGGUGGAGAUCAACAAGAAGGAAAUUCAACUGAAUCAAAAGAUCCAAUAAGUGGUCUAGAAGAUCAGAAUAAUGAUGGCAAUGGAGAGAUAACACAAACUGGAGAAAAUAAAACAACAGAUUCAACUGACGAAAGCACGACUCAGAAUGAUCAUGCAGUGGGAGGAGAGAUAAAGAAUGGACAAGAUGCCACAGAGAAAAGUAGCAAGCCACAACCUGAUACUCAACCUUCACAUCCAGAGGAAAAUGGAACAAACCAAGUGCCUCCUACUAGUAGGACAGAGCAGCCUAAUAUUAAGGAAAAGGAGUCAGUAAAUACUUCAGCAACAGAUGAGGGUCCAGAUGGUGGAGAUCAACAAGAAGGAAAUUCAACUGAAUCAAAAGAUCCAAUAAGUGGUCUAGAAGAUCAGAAUAAUGAUGACAAUUUAGAGAGAAAACAAACUGGAGAAAAUAAAACAACAGAUUCAACAGACGAAAGCACGAGUCAGGAUGAUCAUGCAGUGGGAGGAGAGUCACAGAACGGGCAGGAUGCCACAGAGAAAAGUAGCAAGCCACAACCUGAUACUCAACCUUCACAUCCAGAAGAAAAUGGAACAAACCAAGUGCCUCCUACUAGGACAGAGCAGCCUAAUAUUAAGGAAAAGGAGUCAGGAACUACUUCAGCAACAGAUGACAGUUCAGUGAAUGGAGAUCAACAACAACAAACAAUUAAAUCACAAAAUGCAACAAGUGAUCAAGAAGCUCAGAAUAAUGACACCAAUGGAGAGCAAACAGAAGCAACAACUGUAGCUGAAACAGCAGAUUCACCUGGCAGACAUGUAAGUCCUACAGAGGGAGAAGAGGCAAAAAAAGGGCAGGAGGAAGACAGCAAGCCAAAACCUGGUGUUCAGCCAACAGAUCCAGAUGGAACAAACCAAAAGUCUUCUGGUAAUACAGAGCAGCCUGAGAGUUCAGUGAGUGGAGCUCAACAAUAAGGACAUUCAACUGAAUCUAGAAGAUCAGAAUAAUGAUGGAAAUGGAGAGAAAACAGAAACUGCAAAUAAUAAAAUGUCAGAUUCAACUCACAAAGGCAUGAGUCAAAAUGAUCAGGCAGAGGGAGAAGACACCAAGAAAGGGCAGGAUGACAGAAAAAGGUAGCAAGAGAAACUCUGAUACUCUGCCUUCACAUUCAGAAGGAAGUAGAACAAACCUAGAGAAGCCUGGCAAUAAUGUCAAAUAUCACCCUAAUAAUAUUCUGGCAGGAAAUGCUACAAUGGUGGAUCACGGUAGAGGACAACAACACAAACAUUCUAGUGUGUAGGCUGAGGGCUGAUUGCCUGACAAGGCAGGUGAAGGGAGCAACAGCGGAGUUCAAUGGGAAUGAGAGAAUUCCAAAAGACAAUGAAAAUUUAAAAAAUACAGCAGACUGUGGAUGAGGUGGACUUUUCGUGAUCUUAACCCUCAGUUUCAGUUUGGUUCUUUGAAUGUUGUUCAGAUGUUGUUCUUCUCUGUAGCUGCCACAGACCAACAACAACGCAAGCCCACAGAUAUGUUUUUAUCACUCACUGUCAUGGUCCUGGGUCUGUGGCCUUUUUUUCUUAGUUAAUGAUCUUUUGUAGUUAUUUUGUCUUCAUUAUCACCAUGUCAUUUUGUUACAUUGUUUCAUGUGUUCCCCUCAUAUAUUCUUAUGUUCCCAGUUGCUUUAGUUCUCCCUGUGUUUUAUCCCAUUGUGUUCUCCUCUGUGUGGACUUUCCUGUGUCUCUUUGACUUAGUGUGUCUGUCUCUCCCUGUGUGUUUGUAUCAUGUUUGGGUUCUUCCUGUUUUAUUUUGACAGUCUGCUACAUUACAGUCCUGUAUGUUGUGUUCAGUUGUAUUUAGUUUGUCUUAGUGUCAUUAGUGCACCUGUUCUGCCUCAGCUGUCUCCACUAAUCACCCUCCUGUGUUUUUAUUGUCUCAGUCUUCCCCUUGUCUCUUGUCAGAGCCUUGUUGUCGGAGUGGCUGUGUUGUGUCUGUGUGCUGUAGAUCUCCUUCCCAGUUUAGGUUUUCUUCAGUUCAGUUAUCUUCUUUGGUUCAUGUAUUUG